AUGAUGCAGCAGCUACUGAUGCUGUUUUUAGAUGAUGCUGUAGGUAUCGGUGCUGCUUUUACAUUGCUGUUGAUUGUUAUGAUUUCUUGCUGCUGUGUACAUUACUCGCUCUGUGCUGAUAUCGGUUACUCUGUUACAGCACAUGAGAUUGUGGCUGUAGCUGUGAGGAGCUGUGUUGCAGAAUUCAUCACUCUAUCUCUACCUCCGCACUCCGCCGCCGCAGCGGUUUACGAUGUCUUGGUAAACAAGCACGAUUUCUCUCCCGAAAUCGCCGCAUCAGUCUCCUCCAAGCUGAGCCGAUUCAGAAGCCCCGAGAGAGCCGAUUCGAUCCUCACAUUCCUCAAACAAAACUCCUUCUCCACCACUCAGCUGCAGCGCCUCGUGAAAUCCGAUCCCCGCAUCCUCACCGCCAGCGCCGAGGACGGCGUCAAGCUCAAGAUCCACAUCUUCAAAGACUUCGGCUUUCCGCCCGAAGAAACCGCGAAGAUAAUGUCGAGCAAUAACGCCAUCAUACACUCAAGCGCGGAGAAGAAGAUAAUCCCGCAGCUCUCCACGCUGAAGGCCUUGUUAGGAUCCAAUUCGGAAGUCGUGGAUCUCGUGAGGAAGGAGAGCUGGGAGGCGAAGAUUCAGGGGUUCCGGGAUUUGGGGGUCUCGGAGAGUGAGGUGGUGGAGAUGUUCAGGAGGUCGCCGUUGGUGAUCUGCACUUCGUUGGAGAAGUGCAGGGAGAUCAAGAGGCUUCUGCUUGGCACCGGAAGGUUUGAGAUGGGCGAUCUGAUCAGUGAUCCUUCGACAUUCCUGUGCAGCGUUGAGAGGAGGUAUAAGCCACGGCUGGAGGUUUUAGAGGUGUCGGAGAGUAAGGGACUUAUUCGGAGAUGGCCUUCGCUCUCGUCGGUUUGCAGAUGGACAGAUGAGAGGUUUUUUGGGGUAUUUGUUAGGCCUUAUGCAGAUCAGCUUGGUUAA